AUGGAGCAGAAGCAUAAUCACACUGCGGAGGUAACCAGCAUGUCCGUGUAUCUCGGAGGCAAACGCAUCAUGACUACUUCCAAGGAUUUUACCGUGAAGAUCUGGGACACCUCCAACAUGACUGUUUACGAUGAGAUCCACAAGGAGGGAAUCUUCGAUGCCUGGUUCACCCCUGACGGGCUGCGGUGUGUGUCGGUGUCUUGUGACAAGACAGCCGCCAUCUUUGAGCUGCAGUCGGGCGAGGUCAUCCAGCGCUUCGUUGGGCACAAGCACUGGGUGUGUUUCGCAGCCCUCUCACCCGAUGAGAAGAUCCUCGCCACCGCCUCAAACGACAACACCGUGCGCAUCUGGAACGUGGCAAAAGGCAACGUGCUGCACAUCAUUCGCGACCACCGAGGCACAAUUUCGUACAUCAAUUUCGUACAUCCGACAUGGAUCGUGACAAGCGCCAGGGAUGGCACAAUUGUGGGUUUCAAUCUUGAGGUGAGCACGGUCUCAGGAGCACUGGGUGCGUGUGUAUGUAUAUCUAUACAUUUGUGUAUAUGGUGA